AUGGAUUUGGCGAGCGCGUACGCGGCCAUCAGCACCGUGUCCAUACUCACGGUGGACGAUGGUAUGGAACUAUGUGUGGACUUCUACCGAUUCAAGGUAGAGGGUUCCACUGCCAAUGCAUCAAGGCACAUCCAUUGUCCAGACAAUUCAACCGUCCAGUGGGAUUUUGCGUAAGUUGUCUUGGUCAAUCUUUGUUUGGGUGCCUUUUUGAAGUUUUUGCGUUCUUUUGUUUUACUUUUGUCUAGAUUUUUGCUAGUUUUCUACUGCCUAAUUUUUUGUAUGCAAAUUUUCUUAUUUUAAAAUGUUUUUCAGUGAGUACAAGCUUGUUCAGGGUUCGACGUUUACAAAGAAUUUUAUUGUGCCGCAAAAUACAGAAUUUGACACUGUGGUUCACGCUGGUGAGCACUUGUAUGGGUAAGUUUUAUAUUUGAGUAUUGAACACUCUAAUUUUUGUCAAUUUGCAACAAGCAAAAAAAAUUUUAUUGAUAAAAAGUUGUUAAGACUUGAAUGAUUUUUAAAAGAAUUAAGAACUAAGUUUACAAAACAAUUUUGUCAUUUUGUAGGACACGGCCACAAGUAGCAUUAACUUUGAUAACAGGCAAACGUGACCCAGUGGUUUUAGAGAUUGUUGGCAAACCUGACGGCGGACUCCAAACCAGCACUUCCAACGGGCAUGUGUUCUACCAAGAUUGCAGUACUAGAGAAGGUUCUUAUAAGCCAAGCAUCGCUGGUGGAAAAUUCAAUAACUUAAAUCUGAACCAACUGGACGUUUGCAAAUUGACCUUUGGUCACACCCCGGAUGGUCUGAUUUGGGAAAGCGAGGGCAAGUGUCGGAAGUUGGUCGUCGAGGGACAAACUGCCAGUUUGAAACCAGAGGCAUGUCCGAAGGUAGAAAAGCUCGUGUUUACCAUGGUGAGUCUUAUUUUUAAGGUUUUUUUAAAUUUUGAUUUGUAAAAGAGUUUAAGCAAUUUUUUGCAAUUUUUUUGGGUGGAUUAAAAUGCUUUCAGGCUGUCUUAGGGUUUGAUGGUUUUUAAAAUUUUGGUUUUUAGGCCGCUCUGAAGAACCGUGCUCCAUCGGCGAAAGGUGAACUGCCUGACGUUGAAGUCGACACAACAUUGGCAGUGCUUUACUUGAAGUAAGUUUUUCUAUGAUAAUUUUUUUUGAUGAUUUUUUAGAGAUUUUAUGAAAAAUUUUUUAUGUUUUUACCUAGUUUUUGCAUUCGGAAUCAGUUUUAUAUUUUAGUGUCAAAUUGUUAAACUGAAACCGAUUUAAAACAUUUUCUUUUAGGCCUAAGCCAGUUACCACCACCACCACGCUCGAGCCUACCACUGAGGUCUCCGAAACGGCCGUUUCUAAUUCAACCACUGAAGGAUCAGUGUAAGUGUUUAUGGCAUUCUUUGGUCUAUGUUUUGAAAAGUUCACGCUAAGACGGAGUAGUUAACUGUUUUUUAAAUUUUUUUAAAUGAAAAUCUAGCAUUUGAAUAUAAACUUUUUGUCAUGAAUUAAACAUUUAACUUUAGUUUUACUCUGACAUUUGUGUUUCAGCACCUCCACCGCAUCUGUAGAUCCUUGGAUGAUUGGUCUCAUUUGCGUUGUUGUUGGAAUCUCCAUCGGAAUCCUGGUUGCACUUGUAGUGUAUUACAAGAUGAUGGGCAAGAGAACUCACAAAAAGAGCAAGAAAAGAAAGAAGAAAACGUCAAACACAUCGUCGGACACAUCGUCAAACAUCAAGUCCAACAUAUCGAACAUAACAUCGAACACACCAGCGGACAACAAAUCGAACAUACCAGGACCGAGCCCAACGCCGAAGGAAGAACCGAAGAAGGGCAAAGUAAUUAUCACAGGCAAAAAGUUUGUUCCAGAACAAGUUGGCGCAAAUGGGCAGGUUAUCCCUGCUCAUCAUGAAGAAACAGGAUUUAGGGUAGAGUUUGCUGACUCUCCGAAAAACUCGUCCGACGAAUCCGUACGUGUCUAA